CGGUUCCACGUCACUCCAUAGACUCAGACUCCAUCUCGGACCCGGAUACAGGCAGGAAGCGGAGCAGAAACUUAAAGAAGAUCCGCGUGUUUCCGUUCAUCCUCUCUGACUGGCGUCUGCUGAAAGGACGAGGAUCUCUCCAGCACCAUGACCGCAGCGGAGAACGUGUGCUACACCCUGAUCAAUGUCCAGAGUGACUCGGAGCCUCCGUCAGAAGUCAGCCUGAAAGCUGAUCUGGAGAAGGGGGAGAUUAAAGCCAAGACGGAGGCGCUAAAGAAAGUCAUCAUCAUGAUCCUGAACGGCGAGAAGCUGCCCGGGCUGCUGAUGACCAUCAUCCGCUUCGUGCUUCCUCUCCAGGACCACACCAUCAAAAAACUGCUCCUGGUUUUCUGGGAGAUCGUACCCAAAACCACUCCUGAUGGAAAACUGCUGCAGGAGAUGAUCCUGGUGUGUGACGCGUACAGGAAGGAUCUUCAGCACCCUAACGAGUUUAUCCGCGGCUCCACACUGCGCUUCCUGUGCAAGCUGAAGGAGGCGGAGCUUUUAGAGCCAUUGAUGCCGGCCAUCCGCGCCUGUCUGGAACAUCGCCACAGCUACGUACGCCGCAACGCUGUCCUCGCCAUCUACACCAUUUACAGGAACUUUGAACAUUUGAUCCCAGAUGCUCCGGAGCUGAUACACGACUUCCUGGUGAAUGAAAAAGACGCGAGCUGCAAAAGAAACGCCUUCAUGAUGCUGAUCCACGCCGAUCAGGACAGAGCUCUGGACUACCUCAGCACGUGUAUCGAUCAGGUCCACACGUUUGGAGACAUCCUGCAGCUGGUGAUUGUAGAGCUGAUCUACAAGGUCUGCCAUGCUAACCCGUCAGAGCGAGCUCGCUUUAUCCGCUGCAUCUACAACCUGCUGCAGUCGUCCAGUCCAGCUGUGAAAUACGAGGCAGCUGGAACUCUGGUCACUCUGUCCAGCGCCCCAACUGCCAUCAAGGCUGCGGCUCAGUGUUAUAUUGACCUGAUCAUUAAGGAGAGUGAUAACAACGUGAAGCUGAUUGUACUGGACCGCCUCAUCGAGCUGAAGGAGCAUCCCACUCACGAGCGCGUGCUGCAGGACCUGGUGAUGGAUAUCCUGAGGGUUCUGACCACACCGGACCUGGAGGUGCGCAAGAAGACUCUGCAGCUGGCGCUGGACCUGGUGUCGUCUCGUAACGUGGAGGAGUUGGUGAUCGUGCUCAAGAAGGAAGUGAUAAAGACCAACAAUGUGACCGAACAUGAAGACACGGAUAAAUACCGCCAGCUGUUAGUGAGAACUCUCCACUCCUGCAGUGUUCGCUUUCCCGACAUGGCUGCUAAUGUCAUCCCUGUGCUGAUGGAGUUCCUCAGUGACACUAAUGAAGCAGCUGCUGCAGAUGUGUUGGAGUUUGUGCGUGAGGCGAUCCAGCGGUUCGAUGCGCUCAGAGCGCUCAUCAUUGAGAAAAUGCUGGAGGUUUUUCACGCCAUAAAAACCGUCAAAAUUUACAGAGGCGCCCUGUGGAUUUUGGGAGAGUACUGCAGCACUAAAGAGGACAUCCAGAGUGUGAUGACUGAAGUGCGCCGGUCACUUGGAGAGAUCCCCAUAGUGGAGAAUGAGAUAAAGAAGGAGGCGGGGGAGCUGAAGGUGGAGGAGGAGGUGAGUGCAGUGCCGAUGCAGAAGCUGGUGACGGAGAUGGGAACCUACGCCACUCAGAGCGCUCUCAGCUCCAACAGACCCUCGAAGAAGGAGGAGGACAGGCCUCCUCUCAGGGGUUUCCUGUUGGACGGGGAUUUCUACGUCGCUGCGUCUCUCGCCACCACGCUGACUAAAAUUGCCCUGCGAUAUGUCGCCAUCGUCACAGACAAGAAAAAGCAGAAUUCGUUCGUAGCCGAGGCCAUGCUGAUCAUGGCCACCGUGCUGCACCUGGGGAAGUCGUCCCUGCCCAAGAAGCCCAUCACGGACGACGACGUGGAGCGGAUCUCCCUGUGUCUGAAGGUCCUGUCCGAGUCCUCGCCGCUCAUGAGCGACAUCUUCAACAAGGAGUGCCGCAGGUCGCUGUCUCACAUGCUGACCGUACGGCUGGAGGAGGAGAAACUGUCUCAGAAGAAAGAGUCUGAGAAGCGUAACGUGACGGUGCAGGCCGACGACCCCAUCUCCUUCAUGCAGCUCACGGCCAAGAACGAGACGAGCUCCAAGGAGGACCAGUUCCAGCUCAGCCUGCUGGCGGCCAUGGGCAACACGCAGAGGAAGGAGGCGUCCGACCCCCUCGCCUCCAAACUCAACAAGGUGACGCAGCUAACCGGUUUCUCGGAUCCGGUGUACGCCGAAGCGUACGUCCAUGUUAACCAGUAUGACAUCGUGCUGGACGUGCUGGUGGUCAAUCAAACCAGCGACACCCUCCAGAACUGCACUUUGGAACUGGCCACACUGGGUGAUCUGAAGCUGGUGGAGAAGCCGUCUCCUCUCACUCUCGCUCCUCACGACUUUGCCAACAUCAAAGCCAAUGUGAAAGUGGCUUCCACAGAAAACGGCAUUAUCUUUGGGAACAUCGUGUACGACGUGUCCGGAGCAGCCAGCGACAGAAACUGUGUGGUUCUCAGUGACAUUCACAUCGACAUCAUGGACUACAUCCAGCCGGCUUCAUGCACCGACGCAGAGUUCAGGCAGAUGUGGGCGGAGUUUGAGUGGGAGAACAAGGUUACCGUGAACACCAACAUUACAGAGCUGAACGAUUAUCUCCAGCACAUCCUCGGCUCCACCAACAUGAAGUGUUUAACUCCAGAGAAGGCUCUCUCUGGCGUGUGUGGAUUCAUGGCUGCUAACUUGUACGCUCGCUCCAUCUUCGGCGAGGACGCGCUCGCUAACGUGAGCAUCGAGAAGCCGAUCCAUCUCGGACCCGAAGCUCCGGUUAAUGGCCACAUCCGCAUCCGCGCCAAGAGCCAGGGCAUGGCCUUGAGUCUGGGAGAUAAGAUCAAUCUGUCCCAAAAGAAGACGCUCUCAUAAAGCUUAAAGCUCGUCAUUGGGAAGUUCUUGUGGGUUUUUUUUUUCUUUCUCUCCUUUUCUUUUCCUCUAUCCCUCCGUUUCUGACUUGCGUACACGUCAGCGCAGUGGGAUUCAAAUAAAAGCAGUAAGACUCUUAAUGUGUCCUCAUUUAUCUGAAAUGUGCACCAAUAAAUAUCACCAGACUCUG